CUGUCAAAUGCAUUUGUCACUAUUUAGUUAAUUGUGUUUAUCCAAAUUUUGUUAUUUUCAUAAAAGGUCUUUUAAUUCCACUUUCUAGAGAAUCUUUUACAAAAUUUUUGCAAAAUAUGGAAAUAUGGAAACUUCUUUUUGCUGCUGUCAUAGCCAUAUAUUUUAUUGGCCAAGUUAAUUUUGUCAACGGAUUGGAGUGUUAUGUGUGCUCCAAUCAGACAGGUAAUACAGAAAAAUGUUUGAACACGAUUAAGACAUGUGAGCCCGGUGAGGAUGCUUGUGGUACAGAGAUACGUUGGGGCAGUCAGCCAUAUUUUUCCCAAGGCGCUCUAAAGCAGUACUAUGUUUCCAAACGUUGUAUGACAAAACAGCAAUGCCAACAGCGACGUAAACGUUAUAUGCAAUACUGCACACAUAUUUGGUAUGAAGAUUGGUGGUGUUAUGAGUGUUGUGUGGGAGAUCGCUGCAAUUAUUUUGUGAUAAGUGGCACAACGAAGAAAGAAGUCACAGUUACAACAAUAAUUGGAGUCUUAUUUGUGGGGUCAUUGUUAAGUAUAUCUACAUUGAUUUACUAACGGAAAGUAAAAUAUUCAUAUCACGCUACGGAUUUACCAAGCUGACCGAAGUGCCUUCGAAGCAACAUUUUUAUACAUAUAAAUAUUUACAAUACAAAUCGAAAUAAUGUAUGUAAAUGCCAUUUCGGUAGACGAAAGUAUCUAAUACUUUGAUUUAAAAUAGAAAGCAAAUUAGAAUUAUUCUGUUCGAAAACUAUCCGUCCAAUUUAUAUACAACUUAAUCAUAAUGUUACAAAUUGUAAAAAAUAUUUUAUGCAAUUGCUAUGAAAAAGUGGUAUCUAAUGUAUCUGUCGCAUUUUAAUAAUGUAGCUUUUAAGUUGUCUAUUUCACAAAUUUCAUUGAAACAUUGCAGUUAUUUUAUAAAGUUGUAUCCAAAACUUUUCAUAAGCACAACAUUAUUUAUAAGUAAAAAAAAUUCUUGAUUUAAGUAUGUUAAAGGUGUUUAAAGUACGGCAGGAAUUAACUUUUUUUACACACAAUAAAAAUUUGACUUUUACAACCCGAAAUUAAUAUAUUUCAAUAAUACUGUUAUUUGUCAAAGAAUCUUUGGAAAGCAUCCACAAAUCUCUUCCUAUACUUUUGUCUAACGAAACAAGUUUUACAA